AUGUGCAUUUCAAACCGGAUUCUGCGGCUGUUUGUCACGCAAAGGGUGAUGCUGGGGGAGGGGGGGCGAUUCUCCAGGGCGGCUCUGUGGAUCGGGACCACCUCCUUCAUGAUUCUGGUUCUUCCUGUUGUCUUUGAAACUGAAAAACUGCAGAUGGAGCAACAGCAGCAGCUGCAGCAGCGCCAGAUCCUCCUUGGACCCAACACAGGGCUCUCAGGGGGAAUGCCAGGGGGCCUGCCACCACUGUCAGGAAAAAUCUAA